AUGGAUUUCCAUCUCUCUCUUUCUUCCAUCAUCAUCAUACAGCUGUUCCUCUCCUUCUUCUUAACAAUACUACCGCCAUCUUACUGCCAGGAAGAUGAUCCUGCUUUUGUGGCGUGCAACCGUACAUAUACCUGUGGAGGCAUCAGCAUUCCGCUCCCUUUCUGGGAAGGUACCCGACCUGGAGUUUGCGGUCAUCAAGUGUACAACCUCAGGUGCGGCAAUGAAUACCCGGUUAUCGAAAUUGAAGGAAAAGAAUUCGGCGUUCUAAACAUCAACACAUCUUCUCGAACCUUUACCAUUGUAAGGUCGGACAUCAGCUGGGAUGGUCCUUGUCCUCCACCUCCAGAGUCGAUAAAUACCACCUUGGAUUACACUUUGUUUGAUUACGCUUCAACCGUUCAAAACAUAACUAUAUUCUACGGCUGCCAUGAUCCUCAAGGCAACAUACCAGGCCCAAAUAGAUUUAAUUGCAGCGAAGGAGUUGGUGCCGAUGGGAAAAAUAAUUCUUAUUACUUGGUAGACCAAUCCCCCUUGAGCGUCCAAUUCCAUGAACGACUUCAAAGCAAUUGCGACAACAAUAUAACGGUUCCGAUUCUCCAGAGUAGUGCUAUUGCUCUUCUUCACGACCCUCAGGGUGGAGCCCGGGCAGUUCGUCAAGCAAUGGAUAAAGGUUUUGAGGUGGAAUAUUACAGCAAUCCAUUGCCGAUUGACUGUAGCGCGUGUGAGGCAACAGCUGGGGUAUGCGGUUUUAACUCCACCGAGCAGUUUGUCUGCUAUUGCGGUGACCAAGUGCAAUCUAGUAAUAGAUGUCCAAUUGAAACGAAAGGCUUUUUGCCGGGUAUUGUUCUUGCUCUUAAUUAG